UGAUCAGAGGAAAUUAGCUGAGGAAAACGGAAGGCUUCCACCAACGCCGAUCCGUUUGGCUACUUCUCAGUCUUAUAUAUAUAAUAUAAAUAUAUAUAUAAAUAUAUAUGCUGUAGGACUGCAACUUUAACUUGGGUUUCGCUUUCUGCCACCCAAACGACAUCCAAACAAAACUUCCCGUGAAGCAAAGCGACGAUCGUUUGACCGGGAGAUUUUGUUUUUAAUCUUAUUGUGUCAACACAACAUGUGUACUGGCCUGUUGGAGAACUAUGUGGCUGCCAUGGUGUUGAGUGCAGCUGGAGAUGCCCUGGGCUUUUGUAAUGCAAAAUGGGAAUUCCAAAAAAGCGGCGAGAAAAUUCACAACGAAGUAGCCAAAAUGGGUGGCGUGGACCAUCUUGACAUAAAAGGUUGGAAGGUCAGCGAUGACACCGUUAUGCACUUGGCUACUGCUGAAGCCUUGGUUGCUGCUGGCAAAAACCCAGACUUGUCCCACUUGUACAAACUCCUUGCAAUGAAUUACAGGGAUUGUAUGAGUGACAUGGCUGGACGAGCUCCAGGUAAUACUUGCAUGCAUUAUGCUAUGAAUUUGGAUCCAGAUGACUCACAUAGCUGGAUACCUAGUUUCUGUGAAAGGGGAGGAGGGUGUGGAGCUGCCAUGAGAUCAAUGUGCAUUGGACUAAGAUUUUGUCAUCCAGAAGACCUGGAAACAUUAAUUACAGUCAGUAUUGAGAGUGGACGAAUGACUCACCAUCAUCCUACUGGUUAUCUUGGAUCCCUUGCAUCUGCUCUUUUUACUUCCUAUGCUGUGAAUCACAAACCAAUAAAGGAGUGGGGAAAAGGGCUAAUGGAGGUGAUCCCUAAAGCAAAGGCCUAUAUCCAGAGGUCUGGCUGCUUUGUAAAUAAAAAUUUGGAGCAUUGGAACUACUUUGAAAGCCAGUGGAAAAAAUACCUGGAAAUCAGAGGCAUCUCAGAUGGGAUCUCUCCUCCUUCCUUCCCUAAAGUAUUUGGCGUGAAAGAGAGAGAUGAAUUCUACACUUCCUUGAGUUUCUCUGGGUGGGGCGGUAGUAGUGGCCAUGAUGCACCUAUGAUUGCCUAUGAUGCCAUCCUGGGCUCUGAGAACUGGACUGAGUUAGCUCUUAGGAGUUUCUUUCAUGGUGGGGACAGUGACUCUACUGCGGUGAUUGCUGCAUGCUGGUGGGGCGCAAUGUAUGGCUUCAAAGGAGUUAGUGAAAAAAACUAUAAAAAUAUUGAAUACAAAGACAGACUGGAAAAAGUGGCUAAGGAACUCUAUCAUCUCAGCUUGACUACCUAAAUGCAGUGCUAGAGAUAAAGCAACUGUUAAAAUUCAGCAAAACCAAAUACUUACUUGUGAACUUAUAAAAUAAUGUGAAUAGUGAAUAUAUCUAGAUUGUGAUUGAAGUUAUUCAGUAAAUACUGAAAGAUAUAACAUCAUCAUGUCCUUUAAAAAACUAAAGAACUUAGAGUAUAAUGUAACAUUUAGCUGAAAGGGAGAGGGGAAAAGAUACUUCUAAUUUUAUUUGUAAAAUUGGUUGGGACCUCUAAUUUUUUGUGUUUUGUUUGUAUUAGGAAUGAGCAGAAUCUGAAACAAGACUUUUUGAUACACGCACUGGGCUUUUUAGGAAGUGUGUAGAUCGAUAAACAUUGUCCCUACUCCAAUUUUACUUUUUGGAUUGUAAUUUUAGAUCAGAGAAGCCAUUAGUCCUCUAGCUGCAACUGAGCUAUUGUCAUCCAUCAUUUCAAAUUGCUGCCAUAACUAUAAGCAAUUUUAAGUCCUGCCUUAGCCAUGAAAGCCAGUUGGGUGUCUAUGGGCCAGGCACUCUCUCAGCCCAACUCACCUCCCAGGGUUGUUGUUGUGGGGAAAAUAGAGUUGGUACAUACAUACAUAUUCUGUGGAUUUUUGACUGACAUCUUUGCAGGCAGUGAGCUACACCGUGGCCUCAGGAAUUAUAACAUUUAAGUUUUGCUUAGUAUUUUGCAAACUUGUUCAUUCAACCAAAUAAAGAGUUGAUUGAAAUAGGCCCAGUUGGAUUGAAGAUGUGUGGUUCAUAGAUUAUUUGUAUCCUGCCUUUAUUAUAUUUACAAAUAACUUAAGCCAGUGAACAUAUCUAAUACUCCUCCUUCCUAUAUCCCCCCCCAAAAACACCGUUAGGUGAGUUGGGCUGAGAGAGAAUGCCUGACUCAAAAUCACCCAACUGACUUUCAUGGUAAAAGUGGGGUUUGAAUUCAUGGUCUCAUAGUUUCUAGCCUGGUGCUUUAACCAUUAGAAUAACCUGGCUCUGAGAUUACAAAAAAAGUGUUUAAGGACAAUCUCUUAAGGAAUAAAAAAUGAUAAUUGCUAUGCAUAGAGAUAUUUUGCAUAACUUCAAUAAUAUACUGCAACAUUAACUUAUUCCCAUUCUUCCCUCAGCAUUGUUGAAUCUUUAAGGAAAAGCAGAUCAUCUUUUUGUCAUUACAGCUAAGCUCCAGCCAAGUUACGGUAGAUCUUCAUAAUCUUAUCUUUCAGAA